GACGGAGACUGUGUAAUGUUAGAAGCGAGUUGGCUACCCAAUACCCCUGACCAUUUGAUUGUUUUUAUUUUCACAAUGUCCACCCAUUGCGGAGCCGGAAGAUGUGGCGGUGACGUGGCGUUGGAGGUCAAAGCGUAACCUCUGCCUUGGCAGGUACCUGGCAAACAUCGUCAUAUCCAGUCCAUUGUGGUCGAGCACGUCCUGCUUUCGGCUUUUCCAACAGCGUACGGCACGCUUGAUCCGGGCAAUGACAUCGUUUGCGCAGCCUGGUGCAGAGCUUAAAGCCGAUCACGUAUCCCAACUUUCCUAGGUACGGCUCGCGCUCUAGCCUACAUUGCCCACUAUGCAGUCGGCCCUCGUAUCUAUCCUCGCAAUUGCUAAUGCAGCCACGGCACAGGCCGCCUACUCGUUCGACCCUUUGCAGCAUCUUGCUGGCAUUGCCCCAUACUUCGAAGACCCGCGUCUCGACCCAAAGCCGCCACAGGGCUGCAACGUAACGCGCGCUUCGUACCUCAUUCGCCAUGCCGCCAUCUACGCCAACGACUUUGACUACGAGGAGUACAUCGAGCCCUUCACCGACAAGCUGAAGAAUACGACGGCCAACUGGCGAAGCGCGGGACCCCUGUCAUUCCUGUCCAAAUGGCAGACACCCAUUAGCGACGAGGAGCUAGAGGACCUCACCUCUGUUGGAAGGCUGCAAUCGUACAAGCUUGGUGUCGAUGUCCGUCUGCGUUACCCUACUUUCAAGGACCCUGAGCGCGUAUGGACAUCAACGGCCGAGAGGACCGAGCUCAGUGCAUCUUCCUUCAUCGACGGCCUCGUGGCUGAGAGCAACAACACCGAGCGUGUUUCCGUCCGCGAGGAUGCUGCUCGGGGUGCAGACUCCCUGACGCCAUACAAGGGUUGCCCCAAGUACAGCUCCUCAUACGGUAGUGAGCAGUCAUCUCAAUACCAAGAAACGUACACCAAGCCCAUUGUCGAACGUUUGAAUGCCUACGCCCCUGCCUUCAACUUCACCAAGUCCGACAUCGUAGGCAUGCAGCAGCUGUGCGGAUACGAGACAGUCAUUCGUGGCUCUUCCCCCUUCUGUUCGCUCGACCUCUUCUCCCAGGACGAGUGGCUCUCAUUCGAGUAUAUGAACGAUAUCAUGUAUUUCUACAACACCGGCUAUGGAAGCCCCGAGCUGUCGGGUGCUCUUGGACUCCCCUGGCUCAACGCUACCGCCGUCGAAUUGCUCGCGGACGAGGCCGACCAGGAUCUCUACGUCUCCUUCACUCACCGCGAGUUACCUCCUACCGUCGUAGUCGCCAUGGGCCUGUUCAACAACUCCGCUAAUACCGGAGCGAACAACCCAAAUAUCACAAUGCCGCUCGACAGGCCCAACCAUGCGAGAGCAUGGAGAUCAUCGAGGAUCCUACCCUUCUUGUCCAACAUUGCUGUCGAAAAGAUGUCAUGCGACAGUUACGGAUUCGCGGCUGACGAAUACAUCCGCGUCCUCGUCAACAAAGACCCGCAACCGCUGGCUUGCGCUGAUGGCCCUGGAGAGAGUUGCUCUAAGAGCGCGUUCCAAGACUUCGUUCAAGAGAGGGCCGACAUGUUUGGCGGAUUUACUGAGGAAUGUCAGCCCGAGUACUCCAACUCUACCGAUGUUCUCACCAUAUUUAAUUAAGACGACGUUUUGAGUCGCUAAUAAUAUAAUGUUGUAAUGUUCAA